UCCACAGCCCGGCCGGGCCGCUGGGAGAUGCUCCACAGCUGGAGACGCCCUAGCGGAACAGAGACGUCAGCGGGGCAGGUGUGCGGAACCUGGGGCCUGGGGGGCAGUGCUGGGGGCUGGCUUUGGUGUGAAGGUUGAGCCCUGGAUCCCCACCUCAGCGGAGCAGUUAGCAGAUGCCACUCUGGGAGCGGACCCCAAGAGUAAGGGCUGUGGGCCCUGGAGGGGGCCUGGGACAGAAAAAGCUCAGGCAGAGGAGGGGCCACGCGGCUGGGGCGCACUGGGGCAGCCACUGCCAGCAAGAGAAACCAGGGGCACUUGCUGGCCUCCCUCCAGGUGGGCUGGAGUUGCCUUUGACCCUGAGGGCCAAUGAGGCCCACGACAGGCCAGCUGGGCCGUGAAGACCCCAGGGGUCAGAGCCCUGGCCCCAGGCAGCACCGGCCUCUACUACCCGGCCUGUCAGUUGCCCCUGGCCGGCUGCCCCCAUCGGCAGCACCGCAGGGAGCGGGGCCUCUGCACGGAGCUCAUCCAGCCUGCAGCGCCGGAGAUACAGGUAAGGGGCCAAGCGAGUUGUACCCUGUGCCCGUCACGCCCAGCAGGUCACCACUGCAGCCCGGCCCCCGGGGGGCGGUCCCCAGGUGCUGGCCCAGCGGGUUUUGGCCCGAGCCUCAAUCAGUGUGGAAUGACUUCAGCAGCAGGACCCACCUCACGGUCCUAGGUAAGUGGCUCUCACACUUUUCCCAGCCUGUCCCACCCUCUGCUGUCUCAGGAAAGUCACUUUUCUCUCUCUGGGGCUGCUCCCCCUCUGCCUUUCCAGCCUUAAGGGCCGACCCCAAUCUUUCUCCAUGGGAUUGGGGGAGGCGGGUUGGGCUUGGGGUGACCAGCAAGAAGGACCCCAAGAGCAGGGGCAGCCGCCUCCAGAGUCUGACAGUCAGACGUGGCCAGUCCAGGGACCGAGGCCGGUUCUGAUGCAGGACACGGGGGUGGUCUUGGGGACAGUGCUCGAGCCCUGGGGUCUGGCUGAGGGCUGGAUGCCCAGCCUGGGAGGGCCACACAGGAGGUUGGGGUUUGGGGGUCUGUGACUCCAGCCACCAGGGACACAGAGAAGCAGCCCGAGGGAGGCCCUUGAAGGGUGGAGAGUGGGGUCCCACUCACUCUGGGCUGAAGCUCUCGGGUUCCCUGCUGGGCCAGGAGGACACAGGGACACAGAGACACAAGUGAGAUAGGGCGGGGUGACCAGCAGCCUGGCGCUCCCGGGAUGGUGGCCAGAAAGGAGAGGGAUCCGUGGGGCAAAGACUCCUCUGUCCCUGGAUCCCUGACCCCCAGGGGCCCAGGUGUCUCCCCUGCCCACAGGUCGGCCUCCUGCCUGCCUCAAAGGGCGCAGUACACUCAGGAGAUGACAGACAGGAAGGGAAGGGGGGCUCGGAGCUGCUCGGCUGCCCCAUAA